AUGUUAAAUGUGUAUAGAAAAUGUAUAAAUUUAUGGGUUUUGUAUAAUUAUCAUGAGGUAAUAAAGGACAAGAACGCCGGCAGCUUGAAGCUGUUGUUGAAGGUGAGGAAUGCUAAAUUUCUCAAAUAUCUCUACACAGUGAUAUUCCACUGUGAAGGAAGUUCUGCUGAUCCUCUAAUACAAUUUUUGUUAUUUCUAAUUGAGACUACAGAUAAUCCGACCAAGGUUAUACAGGAACCUGGCAAAUCGACAGUUUAUAAUAAAAGAAAAUUCGAAGAACAUAACGGUGACCACACUCCCAGGUCUGUUUCUUCACCGAUUAGAAAUAAGGAUAUUAGUGCUGGUACCGAUAAUUUAAUCAAUGAGACUAGUGACCCUGAGUUGUCCAGGGAAGUGGAUGAUUAUGAAAUUGAAGCAUAUAAAGUAUUUAUUGAUGUUUUCCUGUGUUCCCUAGUUCCAAUACUUCUAUACACCUUCUAUUACCGAAUUUCCAUUAAUUCACAAUCAUUCGACUCGGCUAACAAUGAAUACCACGUCAAGUCCAUGGCUGAUGGUACUUUGGAAAAUGACUUGAAAAUAAAUAAAUUUACCAAGUUAUCCCGGGUUAAACCUCGUACUAAUCAAUGUAACAUAUUUAAAUCAUUUUUAAAUGAAGAAGAGCUGCUAUUAAAUGGAAUGAAUAGCUAUGAUAACUUUGUGGACUAUUUAAAGGAUGGUGGAGAGUUUCCUUUAGAUUCCAAUUUCGAUCAAGUAAAGCCUGAAACUAAAGGCAUAGAAAUGGUAUUAUCUAAAUUAUCUUUGCUGAAUUUGAGAGGAUAUAAUAAGUAUAAAAUUCCCAGUACCAUGUGUGAUAUAUACAACAGAUUAAAUAAUUCGACAUUAAAAAAACAGUUAGAAACUAGUCUUUUAUAUUGUUAUCGACUCAGAUGUAAUGACUUGUAUUUUAAAUCUAAUAACGUUAAGCUAUUGAGUAAGAUAAUCACCACGAACACCACCAGCUAUUCCUUCCACUUCAAACCCUUUGAUAAAGAUGACAAUUUUACCAACAUCAAUUUACAAAUCAAUGAUUCAGAUCUUAAAUCUGAAACAAGUUUGGAAAACUUUAGUUUCGACAUGAACACUGUCACUGGGAAUUUACUGAAACUAUUCAACCACAAUUUAAACUAUAUAUAUAAAGUAAUGUACAAUAAUAAUAGAACCCAGAUGACUUUAAAUCAUGACAAGUACAUUAAAUUUUUAUACAGGCUGAUUUGUUCCAAGAAUGAACUUCCAAAGAUUAAGUCAACCAACACCUUUGAGUAUAUUUAUUAUUUCCUUUUAAAGUUUAUGAUCUUGUAUAGUUCUAGGCGUACAGUUGGACUUGACACCUCUGAAUUUAGUUCAUUAGAUUCUGAUCUAACCAUUGAAAACAAGUAUAACAUAUUGGGAUAUAAAAAUUUAAGUUCCGACUAUUCUAUCGGUGAUUGCGGUAAUAUAAAACUUCUCAUGCUAGUUAUAAACUUCAACUUAAUGAAACACAAUGCUGGGAUGGUGAGGAAAUUCAAUGCUGAAAUACUGAAAAUGCUCGAUGAAAUGAAAUUUGACACCAGUAACUUGAACCUCUAUUACCUCGCCAAUUGCCAUUACAAACUAAUAAACUACAAUCUGUAUAUUAAUUUCAAUGAAAUUAACUAUUAUCCUUUGGAAUCCAGGAAAAACAGGGAUGUCAGUUUAGGGGAGAAAUUCAAGCUAGUAAGCACGAUAAACGGAAACAUAAAGCUGUUAAAUAAAGUAAUAAAUAAAACAAGUACAGAUGAAGUGAUAAGAAAUAAUGAAAAGGAUAUGGAAAUAUUAGAGAAUCUAGGCGAUGAUGGAAUCCAGCUGCCACUGGUGUGGAAAUUGGAAUCCAACCUUAGAAUAAGUAAAAAGUAUUCAAAUAUUGUAAAAAUUGGUAAAAAGGGUGAUGACGUUGAGCUGACGAUUAAUAAAUACAAGGAAAUUUUAAACUAUAAAUUCUUAUAG